AUGCCCAACGACGGCUACCAUCUUGGACGGCAACGCAAUUGCAAAAUCAAUACGCCUCAACUCGCGGUCGUGCUGGCCGGCGCUCGCCCUGAUUCCUCGACGUAUGUUCGUAUGAAAGCGAAGGCUGCAGAGGAAGUUGGUAUCUCCUUCAAUCAUGUGUCCGUGCCGGCGGAAUCCACCGUGGAAGAAAUCAUCGAAAUCGUCCAGAAACUCAACGCCAACGAAGCGAUCAGUGGUAUUUUGGUACAACUUCCCCUUGGCCAACAUAUCGACGCUCAGGGUGAGCGUACCGUUAUGGAAUCCAUUAGUCCGGAGAAGGAUGUUGACGGUUUUCAUGCGUACAACAUCGGCCACCUCUCAUCCAAGGCUUCUGAUCCGUUGUUCUCACCUUGCACUCCCGCGGCUGUGAUAAGAUUACUCGAGGAGACAGGGAAAUUGUUGCCCGGCGCACAUGCUGUAGUCCUCGGUCGUAGCGAUAUCGUCGGCAGCCCAGUUGCAUCCAUGCUUCGCAACAAGGACGCCACAGUGACCCAAUGCCACAGCCGUACCAAAGACAUUGAAGGCAUCGUCAAGACCGCGGACGUUGUCGUCGCUGCAAUCGGUCGGGCACGACAUCAGGAGAGGAGAGGAUAA